AUGGAUGACAUUUUGAAGUUAGCACAAAAUAUAAAGCUAGACGAAUCUAGUGUUCAAGGUAAGAGUAGAUUUAUGAUUCUAAAGGUUAUACGGGAAGCUAUAGAAGAGACAGAAUGUGUGACAUAUAUAGAAAGUAUUAAAGUAUUUCUUGGUCCACCACCGCUCGAAGAGCCGGAUGAUCAAGGGGAGGGACCCCAGAAAGAAGUAGAAGUUUCAGAAGUGGGACCCCAGGAAAAAUCAGAAGUUGUAGAAUUGGAAGAGAAGAUACAAGAAUUGUUGAGUAAACAAAAAGAAAUCAAACUAAAGGCUCAAGAGAAAAAGGGAACAGGUGUUAGUAAGAAGAGUCCUGUUCAACCAGAAAAUGUUAUAAAAGUACCAUUGGCAAAUCUUGAAAAGAGUCUGCUACCCCGAGAUUUUAAGAUACAAGGUGUAGUCGGGGAACCCGGACAGAAAGAUAAGUUGGGGUAUCAAUCAUUAGUUUCCCAAAUUGAAGCCGGUGUUAGAAAACAAUACUCUGAACUAGAAAUUGUUAAUGCAGUAGUUCGAGCAGUCCAACCAGGACUUCAGUUAAGAAGUUAUUUGGAAAGU